GUCUUCUGCCACCAUGUGGGUCUGGGCUGCGCUUCCUGUGCUCCUAGCUGUAGGGGGUAGCACCGGCUUCUGGGUUGUGUAUGCUAUGGCAGUUGCAAAUGGCUCCGUGAACAUCACAGAAGCCUUUCCAUAUAUCAGCACAUGUGGUUCCUACCCACCGCAAAGCUGCAUUUUCAGUCAAGUCUUGAAUGUUGGAGCCUUUUUAGGUGUGGUGAUCUGCUACCUGAAAUACCAGCAGUGGCGAGAUUAUGGUAGUAACUCACAUUUAAAUCUUGCUGGGCUUAUUUUAGGCCUGCUUUGCGCUCUUGGUUCAUCUCUUGUGGGCAACUUCCAGCAAUAUAACCAACUGGAAACCCAUUUGUUUGGUGCCUUCUUGGCCUUUGUGGUGGGUAUCCUUUAUUUCUGGGUGCAAGCAGUUCUGACCUAUCGAGUAAAGCCAAGGCAUGGAGGAUCGUGGAUUGGGCCUCUCAGGUUCUGUCUCAGCAUGUGUGGCACGGCCCUUCUCAUUGCCACAUGUGUGCUCUUCAGUGUGGAACUGGACUCAGAGUCAGCCUACUGUGAAUGGGCCCUGGCCAUGGAUCUAUUCUUGCUCUUCGGCCUCUUUGCAGUGGAUUUCUGGCAUGUGGACUCUUGCUCAGUCCAUGUGCAGUAUUGCAUGGCACAUCGAGAAACAGGGGACAUGCAGGCAUCAACGCAGACUCUACCGCUUUGAUAACAUCACAGAAACAAAGGGAUGCCGUGAGCCUUUCCACAUGGAUGGAUUAUUUCCACACCAGCUUGACUGGUGGGG